GUGCUCUUGGAGCUCGUUUGUGAGUGGUGAAGAAGGCGGACGACCAGCCACUCGUGUGCCUUCUGUAACUCGCGUUUUCGUUGGCUGCUCUAACUCAAACGAAACACCGGCUAGCCAACAAAAAAUCGAGAAAGCUGGCAGAUGGAAGGUGUCGAGGAGGCCAGGAAUGAAAACACAGAUGGACUGAGCUCCCAGCCUCCAGACAGCGGUCAGCCCAGCUAUCCACAGGCAGGACUAGCGCCUUACACCCAGGGAAGUACAGUUCCAAAUGGCCAUGGCACUGAGCAAGUUGGCAUCCGGGGUGUGCAACAAGUUAUCGAAAACCGACCGGAGGUACAAAACGAAACACACGUUGGACUUGCGGACGAUCGUGGCCACCUCUCCAUUUCUAACGUUCCUGGAGGGGUUCAGGUCGCUGUUGUUCCUUCUACAGAUGAUGUUGGAAGUUUAGCCAGCGCUGCUACGGCGGUAGAGCGGGCAGACGAUGGAACACACAGUCAUACUGUGGUCACCGCCAUGCCCGCAGAUUACGGUUUACCGGGGCCUCUUCCUCCUCAGUAUGUCAUUCAACAUGACGACCACGAGGGAAGCGAAGAUGCUGGAGUACAUGGUGAUGUGGAUGGUGAUGAAAAAGAGCGAGAUGAUAUUCUCAGAGAACAGGAUCGAUUCUUGCCAAUUGCAAAUGUGGCUAGAAUAAUGAAGAAAUCAAUUCCAAAGACAGGCAAGAUUGCAAAAGAUGCCAAAGAAUGUGUCCAGGAGUGUGUGUCAGAAUUCAUCAGCUUCAUUACUAGCGAGGCAAGUGAAAGAUGUCACCAAGAAAAACGUAAGACAAUCAAUGGGGAAGACAUUCUUUUUGCCAUGCAGACGUUAGGGUUUGACACCUAUGUAGAACCUUUGAAACUCUACUUGCAAAAGUACAGAGAGUCAAUCAAAGGAGAAAAAUCAGCUCUUGUGUCGGAAGGAAGAGAAGGCGAGAUGGAAGAAGAUGAACAUACUGUCCAUCAGUUCCAAGUUGCAGCUGCUGCCCACCUUCACCCUUCAAUGAUCGCUACAGAUCAAACUCCAACAACUAUAUACAGCACUGCUCCAUAUCAAACGACGGUAAGCUCAACAUAUUUAACCCUGUGACAGACCGUCAUGUUUAGUGUCAAGUCUGAGAACCUGGUGGUUUUGCAUGUUGUUAAUAUUUUAGUUGAUGAUUUACCUUAAUUCUUGGUACCAGUCACCUUGACAGUGUUUUGGUUUUGAAAUGUAAGUAGAGGUUAAAGGUAAAGUCUGCAUGC